UUGGGCCUUUGUUUACAAGUUUACAAAAUCCUUUAGCAAGGACGCACAAUGGACCUAAUCAAGGAGAUCAACGACAAAUACAUGGCGCUCGAGGCGGAGAUCGACCAGAAACUGGAGAAAGUGCAAGCCGAGGAACUAAAGCUGGAACGGCAGAACGAGCAGCUGGCCGAGACUUCAAUCUGUGCACCUGCUCCCAAGGUUCUGUCCUACGAAGACGCUCUCCUGCGGAACACCAACACCCUGAAGGCUCUGGAAAUAGCCAAGGCCCGUUUGAGAUCGCGUUCCACGUACUCCCCCGUGGAGAAACUCCUCCAACAAGCCCUGCAGAACUACCGACGGGAGCUGGAGAGUCUGCAGGACGCAGAGGAUAGGCGCAAGGAUCAGGAGAACCCAGAAAACCAGGAGGAGGGGGAGGAGGAGGAAAACCUCUAUGAUCUGGUCAUGCAGAAUGUGAUGGAGGCCAAGCGGCAACAGACCGAUCUAUAAGACAUGUAUUUCCCUGGAACUCGAGCAAUUCGUGAGGCCACAUAUGAUCCAGUUGUAUAUAUUGUUCACCAGUGAGACACUGCCAAGCUGAAUAAACAAGCCGCAAGUGUACACAUUUGCUGGAAAUUGAA